AUGCUUUCCCCUAGAGAACGUCUACCUGUCGAUGUGUUGCCAAUCACCCGACGACAUUGGCGACACAGCAGCAAAACAAUGAAUAAAGAUUCGGAUGGAGUGCUGGCGAAGGGCCAAGGAAGUCUGUUGGGAUAUAAAGCCGCCAAUAUUUCUGAAUCAAAACAUGGGAAAUGCCGCAGUUCUUUCACACUCCGUUCGUCGGACAAAACGCUUUUCAUUCCCUUCCUGUUGGCUAUAUCUUUAAACCAUGACCUUCUGAUUGCUUUCUGCCAAAAACUCUUAUUUAUGACUGUGUGUGGACAUAAGUAUCGAGAUCCGCUACAGCUGCUCGAGCAGGUAAUUUUCCUCAAUGAACUUUUUCAGGAGAUGGCCGAACAACAAACGCAAAUAGACUUCAGUGUUGCGAACGCCCGCCUCUCAUUGGUGGACUGCCCGACGCGGUCACUCGCUACCGUAACCGGGCGCGAACCAAAAAGGCCACCAUCGGCUAUGGAAGCGAAAAAGGUGAAGCAAAGAAAGCUAGGCGAGGAUACUGUAAAUGCGUCACCGGUCAGCGGAAUGCUUAUCAAGGAUGAAUCCGCUGUGCCGCCGGCGGAAGAACUGCAGAAGGAUGCGGAUUCUCUAGAUGAGACUGCUGCUUAUGUGGAAGUAUCUGAGGAGAGUAGGAAGAAGAUCGAGGCUAUCGAAAAUGUCAUUGGCGAUUCGGUUUGCUGCCUAUGCAAAGUCCGCUACGACGACGUCUUCAAACUCGCCCAACACCGUUGCCCCCGGAUCGCCCAUGAGGAAUAUCGUUGCCCCGAAUGCGACAAGGUAAGGCCUUCUCCUCCACAAAUCCCGACCCAAAUCGCUUGUCUUAGCCUCUUGCAUGGUUUGCAUAAUAGCUUCUCCUGUCCAGCAAAUCUCGCUUCACAUCGUCGUUGGCAUCGUCCAAGAGAUCAAAUCGAAACACUCCGAUGCACAACGUGCUCCACCGUAUUCAAUAGCAGAAAAGAGCUGAAGACACACACGUGCCGUGACGCGACAAUGUCACGACUGCCCAUGCCAUUUAGUGGUGGCUUCUUCUCAGGCCUCUUACCCACUCCACUGAAGUUGGAGAUGUAA